AUGAAUUUGCCAAUUGGAUUAAAAUUCGAUCGUUCUCACAAUUUAAUUGUGGCUGAUGCAUCAUAUCAUAAAGGUGUAUUAUUUGAAGAAGAAAAUACAAAUUUAGUACUUAGCUGCAUCAACGACAACAACAGUAUUACACCAAAGUGUUCAGAACGAAGUCUGAUGGAUACGUCUAACAUUGAACCAUUAGAAAAUACAAAUAUGCCAGAAAAUGUAUUAUGUUCGAAUAUAACAUUAAAUUUUGAUGAAGAUGACGACGAUUUCGAUUUGCAAAUAUUUGAUCAAUGGUCUUCUUCUUGUUUACUAAAUAAUAAACUAUCCACUGUCUAUCGUGGUCAACAACUUUUUCAUGACGAUAUGAUACGAUUACAAUCACUUGCUGGGCAACACAUUACAAUGAGCCAGUAUAUAUCGACAACAAAAGAUAUUCAAAUAACAGAAAUGUUUGCAGGUGAGGGACAAGGUCGACCUCAUUUCGAAUCAAUUCUCGUUUUUAUUCGUCUUGGUCAUUUAGUAAAACAUCAUCCACCAGAACAACUUUAUUAUUACCAAUCUGUACUAUCAAUAAUACCCUCAAAUGAAUCAGCUCUUCUAGAAGUUGGUGAUUGGGCUAUACGAAUGCGUUGUAUUUCGAGUGUUAAUGACUGGACAUCUGUACUUUUGAGCAUUUAUCGUCAAACAGUAUUUCAUAUCCAUGGUGAUCUUAGAAAACAAUUACAUCGUGAACUCGCUCGGAUAGACGAGGUACGUGGUGGUUUUCAUUUAGCUAAAAUGCAUUGUCAUGAUGCAUUAAAAUUCACAAAUAAUUGUGUAGAAAGACAACUGAUAUUGAGCGACUUAGAACGACUUAACGAAUGUUACUCCAAAUAUGAUCAAUAA